CGUGUAUAUGGACGCAGAAGGGGUUGUUCUACUGGCAGGUGAAGUCAAGAGUUAUGGAAGACAGAGUUUUUCCUUACUCAAGCACCACUUUAGCACGGUGCCUAUCAGCCUUUAUGUGUAGCUACUUCUUACUGCGUUCAAGCUACUUGAGUAAAUGAGGGAGGAGCCGCUCAAAUCAACGUCUGUUUAUAUCUUAUCAUAAGAAACCAACGCCCCUUCUACUACACACUGCUUCUUUUCGGAGACGAAGUUAACCGAACCAGCCAGCCAAGGAACUGCGGCGCGAUGGGGGAUUUGAUCUCAACUCAUCUUGAUGAAAGCAAACGGGAGGUUAUUACAGCACGGACAGGGGAGCUGAUGGGAGAGUUUGGCCGACUAUAUGAACAGCAGUAUGCAGUCGCUCUCUUCAACAAGAUGCGCUAUGAUGUAGAGAGUGGGGGAGGCCCUCAACCCCAGCUCCUGCACAGGAAGGUGCCUCUUAAGAAUAAGUCCAUCUUCUCAGGGGCUUUGUUCCAGUAUCUUGAAGAGAAUAAAAAAUGGAGGAAUCGUUUUCUUUUUAUUCCCGACUCCUACAGCAUCAACUAUUAUGAAAACAAUCAGGCCCAUGAUAGAGGCCUGCAUCCGAAAGGCACCAUUAACUGUGCUGGCUACAGGGUUCUGACUUCUAUGGAGGAAUAUCUCGAGCUCCUUAACUCCAGCCUACCAGGUGUAAAAGCUAAAGUUGGCACUUCUCCAUUCCUGAAAUGUGCGACACAGUUUCCCCUCAUCCUCUGGCACCCUUACGCACGUCACUACAAUUUCUGUGUGGUGACCGAGAAGGAGCAACAGAAAUGGAAUGCCGUCUUACAGGAUUGUGUCCGGCACACCAACAACGGAUUGUCUGAGGAAUGUAAAGUUCAGACCCCGGCGUUCACAGACGCAGUGCGUCUCUAUCGACAGGCUCAUGGUCACUAUGGAACCUGGGACAUGAUGUGUGGGACGCCUCCACAGAUCCUUGCUAAUCUAGUAAUGGAGACCCUCCUCACUGAGCUGAGAGACCUUAUCACCCCCAAACUGAAGGGCAAGAUGCAUGAGAGACAGAGGAAUUGGAUGCUGAUAUCAGAUGCAGUGUAUGGGCUGGUUCAGAGCCAGACUCAAGCGCAGUAUGAAGCAAUAGUGCAGAGCUGUGAAGCAGGUCGCCCCCCACUGGAAACCACCAUCCGCACAGACAUGGACCAGAUCAUCACUUCCAAAGAACAUGUGACCAGCAAAAUCAGAGCUCUUGUGCUGCCUAAGGCAGAGAAGCUUCUGAAGGUGAGUAUCCAGCCAUACAUCAGCUCUAUCCUGGAUGCUUUGAUGGAACCCACCAGCAGAGGCUUCUUUGAGGUGCGAGACUUGUUCUUCAGGGAGCUGGUUGAUAUGAGCAAAAACCUUCUCAAUGAUGGCAACAAGGAAAAACUUGGAGAACACAUGGAGAAGAUCUCCAUGCUAGCUUUUCAUCCUGUGAAGAUGCAGAGCUGCUAUGAGAAAAUGGAGACACUGAGUUUAGAGGGACUACAGCAGCGGUUUGACGUUUCCAGCCCCUCUGUGUUUGUCCAGAGAGCCCAAAUCUUAAUGAGAGAGCAAAUGGAUGAUGCAGUGUACACAUUUGAGCAACUCCUGCACCAGAGUCUGGAGGGCCAAGAAGAAGACCUCUGCAAAACCAUCCAGCGUUGCCAGGAUCGUGUCAUUAAGAAAUUUGACUAUGACAGCAGCACAGUUCGUAAGAAGUUCUUCAGAGAGGCUCUUCUCCAGAUAUUCAUCCCUUACAUGCUGAAACAGCUCUCUCCAUCAUGCUCUGCUGAACUCCCUCAUUUCCAAGAGCUGAUCUUUGAAGAUUUCUCUCGUUAUAUUCUGGUGGAGAACAUUUUUGAGGAAGUGGUGUUGCACACAGUCAUGAAAGACAUAAUGAUGGCUGUGAAGGAAGCAGCUGUCCAGAGGAGACACAACCUGUACCGAGACAGUAUAGUUCUGACCAACAGUGACCAGAAUCUUCACCUGCUGGGGGAGAACCCUCCCAUUGAUUGGGCUGGGGAGUAUGGAGGAGUCCAAGAGGAGGUGGAUGGAGAGGAUGAAGGACAAGACAGAGAUACAGAAGCUCAGAAAAGACGCAGGAUGAAGCAAGUGGUCUCCAUGAUUCAACUGGAGGGCACCACCCAUAUUCUGCCCAAUGAAUCGUGCCUAGAAGUGCCUGCCGUGGAUGACAUACCUGAAGAAGAGGCAGAGGGACGCUCGGACACCACAUCCACCCGAGAGUCAGAGAAACAAGUGCCUAAUGGAACUCAAAAGGAUGUGAAUAGAAAUCAGGUUGAGGAGAACCUACCAGCUUUAACAAAUAGAACGGAACUAAAAGAGGAAGAAACUGCAGCAGAAAAGCCAAUACAGGAAACAGAGAGCAAGUCAGUCAUAGAGAGUGCCAUACAGGAAAUGGACAAUACAGUACAGGAAGAGGAACUUGAGCAGGGUGGAGAGGUAAUGACGCAGAAAGCUGCAGAGUCAUCAUUCUCAAAAGAGGACAUUGCAACUAGGGAGGUAAAACUCACCCCAAACUGUGAAGGAGGGGCACAGCUAAACAAAGAUAUGCUUUCAAGCACAGAGGAAAAGCCUUCAGAUUCAAUGGCAAGGGAAGUGGAGGCAGUGACACCAUCGGACAAACAGGAGAAAAAUCACAUUACAGAGAGCACUCAAGAUUGCCACUCAAAGCAAAGCACAGACUCUAUAUCUCCACCACAGCAAGACGACAGAGGAUUUCAGUCUCCCACUACUGAAACAGUUGUGCAGGAGGAGCUUCAGACGGCAAAGGAGGAGUGUAAUGACUCUGAAACGGGAGAAGACACUGGGAAGGGAGAAAAUGCACAUAUGGAUCACCAGUGAAACAAGAACUUAUUAGGGUCUCUUAAUUCUGUUCAUUUAUUUUGUAUGUUUGUGUGUUUGUUUGUGUCUGUAAACAGUGAGUAAAUACAGUAUCUAACCCAUUGCUCAAAGAAAGUUUUUGCCUGUAAACACUAUUGUCUUACUACUAUGACUCUAUAGACAUUUGUGAACUUUGUCUUAAUGACGUUUCAAUCUUUUGCGUGCACGCUGUCACAUUUGUAUCGUUUUUGCACUUAAUUAUUGUCACUCUUAGUUAGAGCUGGGCUCGAUUGUAAUCAUUGUAUCCUAGGUUAAAAUGGCAUUCUAUUCACAAAUAUGAUAUCCACCCUCAUUUUGCCAUGUUAUGCCUCAUUUUGAUAGCAUAUGGUGCCUUAUUUAGUUUUGCAUGUAGCCUUAAUGCUUAACACUAGUGAUAAUUGCCUUGUCUGAAUUCAAAUUGAAGACACUGAAUUUAUGAUUUUGGGUCUGUUUUAAACUUGGAUUUACUGUGGUUCAUUCUUGGGCUGGAGUGCCCUGUUUAACCACUGUUAUUUUGCUUGCAUUAGUGCUGUGUAUGCAAUAUUUUUUUCUUAAACUCUGCUGUCAUUUGUUCUGUUUACAGAAGUGUCUGCAUCAAUUUUCCUUAACCAGUUCAAACUAGUACAAUUCAAACUGACUAUAAGCCGUUCUCCAUAUGGUGCUUUGCCCCCCUCCAAUUUCAUUGUUAAAUUUACUCUAUGGAUGCUGUAUAAUUGAGUUUCUUUUGAUAAUUAUGACCUUCGUAUCUGCUGUGUCACACUUGCACUGUAGUAAUUUAGUUUAUGCAGAUGGUAUAAGGGUUAUGGUUCAUUGUGGAGAUUUGUGUCAUGUUAUGAUGCUUAGAUGUCAAUGAAAAUGAUUUAAUGUAAUAAUUUCAAUGCAGAUGACUAUUGUAAAUGGGGAUCCAGUAGAUGAUGACACUUGGUGUAUGGAGGAGUGAUUGAUUUUAGUACAGUACCACUGUUGGGGAAUCAGAAAGUGAUGUUUGCUAUUUGUAAUUCAAAUUGAAAAGACAGUCAAUCAAAUUGUUGAUGUGCAAAAUGUGAGUAGGGUCUGUCUGCCUCCUGUUGGACAACUACAAGACACACCCAUUACAAGUUAUGCCCCCUCUAAUGGGCGUGUUUGAUGCGUUUACUUGGAGUCGUGCUACAAGUGUACACCUACACCUGUCACCUGCAAUUCUACACCUAAAUCUAACAUUAAACCUACCCCUAUACCUAACCACAAAAAUCUAAAAAUGUUUAUAAAAUGAUUGAAUAAUCUGCAACUGAAAAGUUCUAGUGGACCCAGUCAUACCAUCGUAUCACUAGGGGGCGACUAUGAGGGAAAAAACGUGAUGAAAAUGAAGAGGAGAACCAGCUAAGGUAAUAGGCUGGCCACUUAGCUUGUAGGCUAAUUUGAGAGAACAGAUAAGAAAAAUGUUUAAUUUGACCAUGAUAAUAUCAUAUGUGACAUACAAUUUAAAAGUGAUUCCUUGUGAUAUGUACAUAGUUAAGAUGACAUGAAUCGUAUGUAAAUUGAAUAUGACUAGUAAAGUUCUCUCAGCCAACAGAAUGGCUUUAUGAUCCAAGGGGGCGUUAUUUGGAGUAGGCAUGUCGUGUAGUGGGUGUCCUGGUAGUCCUACGGGAUGCAAUUAGAUACAUUUGGAAAAUGUAUCUAUAGUCAGGGUUAUGGAGUAACGGAAUACAUGUAACGGGAAUACGUAUUUAAAAUACUAAAUAUAAGUAAUUGUAUUCCACUAUAGUUACAAUUUAAAUCAUUAGUAAUUAGAAUACAGUUACAUUCAAAAAGUAUUUUGAUUUUUAUCAAGAAAAUUCAGGUUGGAUCAUAAUUUCUUUUGUUCUAGUAAGACCUUUGAUAUUAGUGCAAAAAUCAUAUUCUUGACAAUAUUUUUUGUAUUGUUUUCCUGUAAAAAAAUAUCUAAAAAUCCUUAAAACAAGAUCAAUUUGAUUUAUCUUGUUUUAGAAACAACACUGCAUAAGAUAUUUAGGUUUUUCAGAGAAUGUAUUUUUAAUGUGUAUAUUGUCUUACUGUACUGGCAGAGUUUUUAUAGUCAAAACAAGUGAAAGAAUCUACCAGUGCUGAAGAAGUAAUCCAAAGUAUUUAGAAUACGUUACUGACCUUGAGGAAUCUAAUGGAAUACAUUAUAAAUUACAUUUUACAGCAUGUAUUCUGUAAUCUGAAGGGUUAACAGAAUACAUGUCUAUAGUGUUGGAUAUAUCUGGCCAUAAUGGUUUCAUCAGCAUCUUACUAUCUGUCUUGCUGUUUGAGACUUUUUAAAAUACAGUUUUAGCAACUUUUUUUUUUUUUUUCAAACAAUUGAAUAAUUUUAUUUAUUAGUUAUAGCACUUGGUACUAUACCUUUUUUUAUUUUAUUGUAUUUUUUAUUUUUUUUACCUUUUUUAUUUGUAUCGUGCAAAAAUCCUUUUGUUUUUUUGUUCUUCACUGUUAUUCUUUGUAAAAAUAAACUAUAAUCACUGACAAUUUA